UUCUCAUCUGCAGCCCUGCAGACAGAGACAGACUGAACUUUGCAGCUCUGGGCUCAGCCUGGUCCUGUCUCAUGGACAGGGCGGAGGGCAGGCGGGGACGGCGCGCGGGUCAAGAUGUCUCGCCCAGAAUCCCGGUAUUCCUUUGAUGUCCCAAAUCCCUGCAUCAACUUUGCCACUCUGAGCGAUGAUGAUGUGCACAAUGCAGACUCCUGGUUUGACCAAAAAGCCAAUCUGGAGAAUAUCCCUCCUGCAGAAAAUCUGGCAAAGGUCUCACAGAACAGCCCUGCAUUUUCAAAGCCUGAUAUUAUUCUGUCUUCUGUCUCAUCACAAGGAGUAACAAAAAGUGAAAGCCUUUAUGAAGAGGACAGUACAGCAGAAUGUGUCCAGGCCACUGCUGCACCUCCAAAUAUUGUUGGAUCCCUGGCGAGCUGGAGAGCUGCUGCUUCUGAUGAAGCCUCUCAAAGGGCGGGAAGGAGACAGGCUCAGAAGCAGAGGAAAGCACAGCCACACAAACAGGCAGCUAGGAUCAAAGCAGAGAGAAAUGCUGAUGCCUUGGUUAACAAGGAAGGGGUUCCACCCCUGAAAAAGAUGAGAAUCUCUGGCAGCAGAGAGAAGGUGACAGAGGUACCCACGAAGAGAGAGAAUCCUGACUGCUCCCCAGGGAGAGGGAAGAGCAAGCUGACCCUGCCCUCCACGCCAGCAAUGUUAAAGAGGACCAAUCUUCCUGGCAAGCUGAAGAGCACAGAGGAGCAGGAGCUGGAAAAGAUGCAGCAGCUGCAGAGGGAGGUGAUGGAGAUGAGGAAGAGGAACGAGGAGUCCCUGAAGGCAGCGAUCGCGGGGGCAGGACAACCUGUGAAGAGACCUGUUGGUCAAGUAACAAAGCCAAUUGACUUCCACUUCUGCACAGAGAAUAGAAUUAAACAUGUGGAAAGCCAGCCUGGGAAUGAGUACAAGGAGCUGGAUUUUGCAGCAGCUCUGAGGAAGCAUCCUCCCUCUCCGGGGCGACUGCCAAAGGGACCCACUGUCCCCCAACCCUUCAAUCUGUCCCAGGGAAACAAAAGAAAGCUGGAAGAAACAGCCUCAGAAUAUGUGUCCCUUGCUGAGCAGGUGGAAGCAUUCCAGAAACGCACGCCCUCCCGCUACCAUCUGAGGAGCAGGAAAUCUGAUGAAGGCCCCGUUCCUGGGAAGCAGGGGAGGGCACGACUCACACACCCCAAAACCCCCGUGCUCCUCACAAAGCAGCGCCUGAGACCUGUCACCUGCAAAACUGCAGCAGAGUUGGAAGCAGAGGAAAUAGAGAAAAUUCAACAGUACAAAUUCAAAGCACGAGAACUUGAUCACAAAAUCUUUGAGGGUGGACCACUCCUGCCCAAGAAGCUCCCUGUGAAGGAGCUCACCCAGCCUAUUGGCUUCCAAUUGGAGGUAGAAAAAAGGAUUCAGGAGCGUGAGAGUAAGAAGCAGCAGGAGGAAGAGCACUUUGAAUUCCAUUCGAGGCCAUGUCCAACAAAGAUCCUGGAGGAUGUUGUGGGUGUUCCAGAGAAGAAACCACUUCCUGUCACAGUCCCCAAGUCUCCAGUCUUCACCUUGAAAAGCAGAACUCGAAUGUCUGGCAGAGAUGAAGAAAAGGAAAAAGAGGUGGUCCCUGUGAUCAAAGCUAACCCAAUGCCACAUUAUGGAGUGCCCUUCAAACCCAAAAUGCCAGAGCAGAGGCAUGUGGAAGUUUGUCCCUUCUCUUUUGAUGCCCGUGACAGGGAGAGGCAAAUACAAAAAGAGAAGAAAAUAGAAGAAUUACAGAAGGAAGAGGUGCCGAAGUUCAAAGCGUUGCCUCUGCCUUACUUUGACCAAGUUAAGCUCCCAGAAAAGAAAGUCAAAAACCCAACCCAGCCUGAGCCCUUCAAUCUGCAGGUUGAUGAGCGGGGAGCUGCUAAGCUGCAGAGCUGGAAAGAGCAGCUUAAAGAAGACUUGAAGAGGCAGAAAGAGGCAGCAUGUUUUAAAGCUCGUCCCAACACGGUGGUGUACCAGGAGCCUUUUGUGCCUAAGAAGGAAAAUAAGCUGUUAUCAGAGAGCCUUUCUGGUUCCAUAGUUCCUGAAGGCUUCGAGCUGGCGACAGAAAAACGAGCGAAAGAGCGGCAAGAGUUUGAGAAGCACCUGGCAGGUAUAGAAGCCAUCAGGGAGAGGCACCAGGAGCAGGUCAGGCAGCAGCAAGAGGAGCGUGAGAGGGAAGAAAUUGCCAAGCUAAGGCAAGAAAUGGUUCACAAGGCGAACCCAAUACGCAAGUACCGCAACGUAGAGGUGAAGCCCAGUGAGCAGCCCCUGACCAUGCCAAGGUCUCCCAACUUCUCAGAUAGAUUCCGGUGCUGAUUUGCAGCCACGUGAUGGCAGAAGAGAGGUCCCAUUCCUCUGUGCUCACUUGAUAGGCAGAGAGGGAACAGUUGGUUUUCCAUGACUGCUUAGCCUCAACUCCUACCUGUGGCUCCACUCUUGUUCUGUUGAGUUGUUUAACCCCACCUGAGGCAGGUGGCUGGGCCAUGGCACAUGGGCAGUGCCAUCUGGUCUCCAUGGCCUUGCUUCAGCUAGAUGUCUGGUUCUCUAAACCAGGCUUUUAUUUUGUAUACAAACACUGUGUACCUAAACUAAAUAAAAAUCCCUAAUCUGAUCUCUGUCUCUAGCUAGUGGGCUGAAUCCCUCCCCUGCAGGAGUGUUUUUGGUACUUGGUGAACACGUUUCAGGGAUGUACACAUCUGGAAGAGGUGCCUGGUCUUUGUAUAUCUAAGUAUUGUUUUUAAGUGUCUUUUAGGCUUUUAGUCUGUAUCAAGCUUGAAUUAAGUGAUGUUGGGCUCAGCCAGUGUGUUUCAGCUGUGACCUUUCUUGCUGAUGUUUAGAUGAGAGCUAAAAUGAGUCUUGCCCACACUUCUAAAGUGGUUCCCUGUGUAUAUUGGAGCACUAAACCUUCUGCUGUGUUGUAGCUGAAGUAAUUCUAUUUGGGGAAGCACUUAACUGGGAAAUGACCUGCUGUAAGCUGCCACCCUGGCUCCUGCUGCCCACGUCUCAGCUAAAGACUCAUCAUCUCCUCACCCAGUGUGGCUGGCAGAA